UCAACCUUCCCAAUCAAAACUGUUAGUUUCGUAAAAGUCGAUAUGAAUAUUUGGAUGUCAAGUGACCGCCUGCUCUUGUGUUCGGAUUCUCGUGUCGGGUGGAUCCAUUCAAUUUGCACUCGUCAUUGAAUUUUGAUGGGCUUGUUUCUGGUGUUGUUAACAGACUUGGACAAAUGAUGCUGGGGUGGCAAGUGAUUCCACGAGUCGCAAUUUCCUUUCUUUGGCUUCAGAAUUUUGCCAGUGGAAGGAAUCACACUGCCAAGAAAGUGAUUAAACCUGCAACAAGGGAUCACGUGGCUGGAUCCAGUGCCUUGAGCCCCGAAGUUCAUGGCACUCCGGGUAUCGUUGUCCUGUAUUCAAAACACUCCACGAAGGCGGAAUUUGUCACUGAUAAACACGAUUUUCCUGACAGUUCGAGCAGAAUUGUGAACAAAGUUCCAAGUGUCCAGGGACUGGAUUCUGGUCACGGUCAUCACAAACAUGGUGGAGUAAAGCCUGACUGUGCACAGGACCUCCCAUUUUGCCUUUAUGAUAAUGACUAUCCCAUAGACACGGUACAUGACAUCAUCAACAAUUAUCAUGAUGAUGUUCACCACAUGUAUUACCGACUGAACCAUUAUUCGCAACAGGAUUACUUGGCACAUGACAAUUACACUCAUGGCUACAGACACAAAGGCAACUUUGUGUGCGAGUCGGACGUGUCGUAUGUUCGACCAGGCUGGGCCAAAAACUGGAAGAAUGAAUGGGUAACGGUUGUUAACACAGAAAAAUAUCCACAGAGCGUACGUGUUGAGAUAUGCAAGUAUGGUGGGAAGAAAUGUGAAUACCUUCCACCUUGUUACAAAUCUUUCUGUGUGCAGCGUUUUGCCUACGUUAAAUUGUUAUGUGUGGAUCCCUUCAAUCAACACCAGCGUCCAAUUGUGGAUGUUUUUGAGAUUCCUACUGCUUGUUCUUGUUUUGUUGAGAAUUUUGUGUACUAUUAAAUAAAUAACUGUACUGGCAAUAUACAGCCUAAGCUACUGUCAGCAUCAUUAAAUAAACCACAAAUAAUAAAUGACGACUGAAAAUUUCA